GGUAAGAGUAAGGAUAAGGGUAAGGGUAAGGGUAAGGGUAAGAGUAAGGGUAAGAGUAAGGAUAAGGGUAAGAGUAAGAGUAAGGGUAAGAGUAAGAGUAAGGGUAAGAGUAAGGGUAAGAGUAAGGGUAAGGGUAAGAGUAAGGGUAAGGGUAAGAGUAAGGGUAAGGGUAAGGGUAAGGGCAAGGGUGAGAGUAAGGGUAAGGGUAAGGGUAAGGGUAAGGGUAAGGGUAAGGUUUAGGGAAAGGUUUAAGAUUGUCACUCCCUCUCGUCCAUCCCCUUUGAUCAGACCACUGAGCUAUACAUGCAAGUUGAGUAAUUUCCUAUUACAUGUUUAGGCUCGUUUACCGUUGCAAUUUUUGGUGCGAUUUUCUUCUUCUGAUACAUGUGAACGAGCAGAUUGGUUAUGAAUGAUCUGAGUUUAUGUACCUCAUCUGAACAUUCAUAACUCAUCCACUCGUUCACAUCCAUCAGAAGAAGAAAAACGCACAAGAAAUCGCAGCGAAAAUUAUAGCCCGUGUGCUACAAAAUUUGUGCCUUUUGAAAUCACCGGGUUUUGCAGGCUAGAGUAGAGAUCUAGACUAGAUGGAGUUUCAUUGAUCGCUUUUAGCAUCUUCAUUAUAGCAGAUACCAUAAGAUUCUAGAACCAUCAUGAAUUAUUAUCAUCAAAUUACCGAAAUUUUACUGAAGAAUUAUCAAACUGUGUCUUGGGUUGGCUGUGUGAUCAGAUUAAUUUAUUACGCAUGCGUAAAACACAUCAUCCGGGUUUUGGUGGACGUUCUCGCAACAUUUUCCAAUCAUGGCGACUACUUUAGCAAGACCAGCGCUCACUCGAGAAGGUUUUUAUCACGUUUUCAUGCUUAAUAUUUCCUAAAAUUUCAUUUCAUAACAUAGAUAGUUAACCGUUUAUCAUUUAUUCUACAGAAAUUGAGCGACAAGCUCAAGAUAUUGUUGAUAAAAAGGCUGGAAAAGCACCAACCGACAACAACACAGACUUG